CGAGAAUCAGUUCAGACGUGAAAAUAUUGGACGUUGUCCAGCUAUUCAGAUAUCAUGGCAGAUUCAAAGGACACAGUCGUGAUCCGGCCCGAGUCGCUAUCGGGUUCCGAGAAAAAGCAUGGCGAAGAUCCGGCCGCCAUAAAAGAACGGAUUCUUAUGCACCAAGAAUUGCAGAAGACAGAGCCUCCGGUACUCCCUAUCAUGACUCUAUUCCGUAGGAAGCAGCCGCAGCACAACUUGGACGAGAUUGCGACGCAGCCUUCCGUUUUCGACGACCCGGAGAAAGCGAAGCACUUCCAGCCAACUGAAAAGUACGAGAACUUACACCGGUUCGACCCGAGCGCGAGAUGGACGUGGGCUGAGGAGUUGCCACUCAUUAACAAGCUUGACUGGAAGAUCACGUUGUGGGCGUGCAUCGCAUUUUUUGCCUUGGACCUCGAUCGUGGAAACUUGUCACAAGCAAAUACGGACAAUUUCUUAGAGGACCUAAACUUGUCUACGAACGACUAUAACUUGGGAAAUGUUAUUUUCAAAUUAGCAUUCUUGUGCGCCGAACUUCCAUCACAGUUGGUGAGCAAGAAAGUAGGUCCUGAUCGAUGGAUACCGACAAUUAUGGUGUUAUGGUCUAUUGUGGCAGCUUCUCAAUUUUGGCUGAACAGCAGGGAAACCUUUCUUGCGUGUCGUGUCCUACUUGGGUUGCUACAAGGUGGCUUCAUUCCGGACAUUGUCUUAUACUUGUCCUAUUUCUUUAAGGCAAGCGAAUUGCCUUUUCGCCUGGCCCUAUUUUGGACAACCCUAAAGGUAGUCGAUAUCAUUGCGCCCAUCCUGGCUUUUGGUCUCCUUCGACUCCGUGGCCUCCACGGAUAUGAAGGAUGGAGGUGGUUAUUCUUGAUUGAAGGCCUCUUCACCCUCUCCAUCGGAGUGUGGUCUUGGUUUAUGAUGGCACCAUCGCCUACACAGACUAAAACAUGGUAUCGACCGAAAGGCUGGUUCAGUGAACGUGAAGAGGUCAUAAUGGUCAAUCGUAUAUUGAGGGAUGACCCUUCUAAAGGAGACAUGCAUAACCGUCAAGCGGUUGACUUGAAAGGAUUAUGGAAAUCGCUAUGCGAUUAUGACCUUUGGCCAAUUUACAUUGCCGGACUUGUGUUCGGAAUUCCAGUCGGCCCCCCGGAUCAAUAUCUAACUCUAACGCUCCGAGAUCUUGGUUUCGAUACGUUCAACUCCAAUCUGCUUUCGAUUCCUAGUCAAGUUCUAGGAAUUGUCACGAUGCUUACCUUAACGUACCUCUCCGAGAUGUGGGAUGAGAGGUCGCUCAUGGGCAUGCUCGCGCAGAUUUGGAUUCUGCCUAACAUCAUCGCCCUGGCUGUGAUACCGAGUAAUACAUCUGAGUGGGCAAGAUAUGCUAUAGUAAUAAUUCUACUCUCAUACCCAUAUUCUCAUGCUAUACAGGUUGGUUGGUGUAGCCGGAAUUCUAAUACCGUCAGAACACGCACAGUCUCUGCCGCGGCCUACAAUAUGUUUGUGCAGGUCUCUGGUAUUGCAUAUUCAAACAUCUACCGUGCCGAUGACAAACCUGAAUAUCGCCGCGGAAACAUGCAGCUCGUGGCAGUUUGCGCAGCAAAUAUAGUCAUAUAUAUACUUAUAAAGGCCUAUUAUAUCUACCGUAACAAGCAAAGAGAUAGGGAUUGGAACGCAAUGACCCGCGAGGAGCAAAUGCAUUAUCUCGAAACUACUACAGACCAAGGAAGCAAAAGAAAGGAUUUCAGGUUCGCCCAUUGAUCCAGGCUACUUAGGUAUGAAAGCGAUAUUUCCGCGAAUUCGGUAUCCAAGACAAGAUAUAUACCAUGGAAGUGAUGAAUGGAUUAUGUUAAGAGUCUCUAUGUUAAAGACAACGUGUUACCGGAAAGGGACGGGAUUCCUGCUCAAGCUCUAUCACGCCCGAAAAAUAAAUGUAACUAGGUAGCUCACGCAAUGC